AUGUUCAGGCUUUUAUUCUGGGCGAGGUUCACUGAUCUGCUCGAGCUGUGUGAACGCAGUUACAUUCCUCUCAGAUUUGUCAGGUCUGAAGCAGAUGGAAAGUGCAGAGAUGGUGUGAGCACACCACACACCAGGCACCAGACACCGACUGAAGAUCUUCGACAGUGAGCAGUUUUGCGUGUUGAUCAUGUGUUUUUUGUGGUUUCACCCGUUCACUGUGUUCCAGAGACUCUUCUCCAGGCACACCCAUGGUGUUACUCAUGGAGACGAAGAAACACUGGUGUUUUUUGAUCUGGAAACUACAGGCCUAAACAUCUCUGCAUGUGAUAUAGUUCAGCUAUCAGCCAUCAGUGGAGAGAAGAUCUUUAAUGUCUACAUUUUCCCUCGGUGCCCUAUAGACUAUGGUGCUUCCAGAGUUACAGGCCUGACCACACGCAGGCAGAAACUGCUCCUACAUGAACAGCCAGUGCAAACGGUCCCAUUAAGAAAGGCUCUCAAUUUGUUCAUCUCCUUCCUUAAAAGCUUCAGCAGACCAGUUCUGGUGGGUCACAACUGUAAACGGUUUGACUGUCCUAUUCUGCUGCGAAUCCUGAGUGAGUUUUCUCUGCUGGAGGAGUUUCAGGAUGUGGUGUCAGGUUACCUGGAUACAUUGCUGCUCAGUAGGGAGAUGUUUAUACUCCAGAAAUAUUCUCAGCCCUUCCUGGUCCAGCAUUUCCUCCAAAAAACCUAUGGAGCUCAUGACGCUACUGAGGAUGUGCGAGCUCUCCAGGAGCUCUAUAGCGUCUGGAGGCCAAGCACAGACCUGGUAAAUAAGCACAAGUUCAUCUUAUAGCCCAAAUAAGCUCAGGGGAGAGUGGGUCAAUUAUAAAUGGGAUCAGUUGUAUCACUCUCAAUUGCUUCAAUCAGCAACACACUAUAGUGGUGACACUCAGUCCUCACAUACUCAAUAGCAUUCUCUGCCUGCAAAACAACAGCAGCUUAAUCUUAGUGCUAAAGAAUUCAUCAAACGUCAAAUUUUAUAGUAUGAAAGUAAUUUUCCUCAUCUGGAGAACAUUUUGAAUUAUGUGUCCAUUUUAUAUGCAAGUGAAACCAAUAUAGGCUAGGCUUUUAUCAGUUUUAAAACUUUUAUCAGUAUCUAGUUGAUAAUAGUUUACAAUGAUAAGCUGGUUAGUUAACAAUAUGGACAGUUAUCUGAAGAUAUUUUACUUUUUAAAGAUAUUUAGCAAAACUCAAAAGAGAUUCCACAUACCUGAGAAAUGGAUACCUUUCUAAAAAAACAUCAUAGCACAAGGGUGAAGACCCAAAUCAUGACACAUUGAGUUGUCUCCACCCACUGGACUUUUGGCUUGACUAUGCCUAGGUAGAAGACGCUGGACCUUUUGUUCUGAAGCGAGGGAUACACUAAUUUUUUAAAAAUAAGAUUUACAAAAAUAUGAUAAAUGUUUCAGCUAACCCCGCUCCCCUAAGAUUUUAGUUUAGAAGUUAUAGAAGUUAAGACAUUGUUUCUACAAUUGGUAAACAUAAAAAAAAAAAAAGAGUAGCACAUUUAUUAAAAAAAAAAAAAAAAAAAAAAAAGGUUAUAUAAAUGAGUGGGGAAAAUAUUUUACCACCAUUUUUAAUUAAAAAAUAAAUUAAAAAUCACUCAGCAAUGCAAUGCAAUUUUUUUAAAUGUUCAAUUUAUAUUUUUUAGCACUGUCUUAAGGAAUGGGUUCCUUUUACAAGAACUUGAAUGACAUUUUCAAGUGUCAAGUUUCAAGUGUGACGUGAUGAGAACUUUUAAUAGCUAUAAAAGUUCUCAUCACGUUCCAGCAGCUGCGAAUAAAAUAUCUGCUCAGAGUCAAAGCUCAAGUCUUCGUGGCACCCAAAGCUCAUUAAAACAGGAGAAAUGAUGUUUACAGAGCUGUCCAUCUUGUUACCUGUCCACCAAGCUCCUCCUCUUUCCAGUCAGUCGGGAGCUCCGGCACAAGAAGCAUGUGUAUUUGGGGUGUGAAACUGGAAAAACUGAAAUGGAGGUCAAAAGAGCUAGCGUCAACUAACUUCUGUCAAAAUCACUGACUUUACAGUGAAGGUAAACAAGAGACAAGAUUCAUGACAGUUUUCAUCAUGUGAUCACUGUAACUGUCCAAUUUUUAAGUAACAAAUACUGUACAAGAGAUUGCUGUUUACACUUUAAAUUGUAUGUCUUUAAAUCUAGAUUAAAAUAUCAUGCAGGUUUACUUUGUGCAGAAUGUUCCCUUCAGCUGAAAUGAAUCUCACGUCGUGAAGGUCAACAUGAAGCUUCAUUUCCCAGUUUCACUUCCAAUGACAAAGCUGUAUGUCAGUAGUUAUAGCCAUUCUUACUUUCAUGAUAAGCAGCAGGUUCUGCAAAUUAUAUUCUUAAAAAUAACUUAUGGUCAAUUAAACCAAACAAGUCAAGACCACAAACUUCCAUGUUUGUCAUAACUCCAGUAGCAGACUGUAUUCAGCUCUAAAAUGAAGAUUUUAUUAUUGAAAGUCAGCAAUGAUGUUGAUUGAUGUUUAAAUGUUCAAUGAAAAUGCAUAACUUCACAUGACAUUAAACAGAACUACCAAA